AUGCCUGCGCUGGAAGCUCCCUCCUCCAGCUCCAAUCCUGCAGCAGAUGAGGAGUUGGAGGUGGUCUUUGGCAGGCAGCUCCUGCAGGGUCCCACGGAGGAGGAAACAACUCCGCUCCCCCAGGUGCUGGUCCAGGUCCGCGAGUCGAUAAUGGAGGCAACUUCUUCUGCCAAGGCAGCCUUCCGGCGGGAGUGGGCUACCCUGGAGAGCGAGCGCCAUCGCCUCUCCUAUUGGCACACCCGCCUGGAGGCGCAGACGAAAGCUGAAGCCUCCCAUGCUGCGGAAGCUCGGUCAAAACUAAAGCGGGAGGAGGCUUUUGCCCUGGAGGUUGUUGGCUUCACGGCUCAUCGGUCCGAACUCGAGACUCGAUUCGCGGCCCAGCAGUCCGAGCUGGAGACUCGCAGCCAGGGUCUCGAGGUCUGGAAGCAGGAGCUCGACAAUCUCUCUGCGACUCUGCCGGGAUGGCGCGAGCAGCUGCAGGAGAGGGCUAGCAAGCUGGCUGUUGCCGAGGCGGAGCUGGAGGAGGACCGAAAGUCCCUCGAUAAGCGGGAGUCCCUCACCGCCAACAUGGAGAAGCUGCUUGGGCGCCAGCGCGACUCCCUCAAAAAGCUGAAGGAGUCGGUGGAGAAGAGGAAGAGCCACCAGCUUCGAUAG